UAGUACAGAUGGUUAUUUCCUGCACAGCUGUCUGCAUGAACACCAGAGAAGAACCAGAUGUAAGUUUCUAACCUGCAGGCUCAUUUCAUGUUUGUGUACAGAGGUGCUGUGUGGACCACAUUUGAACUGUUGCUUCUUUCUUCUUGGACAAUUUUAAACAGAUGAUCAUUUAUUAAGAAGAAUCAUAUAUUUCUUACAGCAGUGUGUGAUAAACUAGAUAUCUGUGUUUAAUAUAAAGUGCUGCAUGUCCAUCAAACACUGAAGAGCUGCUGGAUUCAUUGUUUCCUCCAAAUGACAGAAAAGUCAUUUUCAUGUGACAGAGCGACGAUGCAGUGGAGUCUGUUUGUGCUUCUUCUGAUGGGUCAGCGUGUCUUCAUCACAUGUCAGCUGUAUGAGUACCACUUUAUUAAAGAAGAGAUGAGAUGGAAUGAAGCACGGGCAUACUGCAGAGAGAACUACACAGACCUGGCCAAAGUGUUUGACCUGACAGACAUGAGAAGACUUCAAGACUCUGCACAGAGUCAAACACAAGCCUGGAUUGGACUGUACAGAGAGCCAGGAAGAGACAACAGGACGUGGCGCUGGUCUCUGCCGGGGGAGGAAUACACUGAAAAUAAGACCUGUUGGGGAGCUGGAGAGCCAAAUGAUUAUCAUGGCACCCCUGAGAACUGUGUGAGGACAUCAGAGAAGUGGGUAGAUGUUAUAUGUACUAACAAACAUCAGUUCAUCUGCUAUGACGAAACAAUGAAAGACAAUAAAAUGUUUCAUUUGAUUGCGGAGGAGAAGAACUGGACUCAGGCUCAGAACUACUGCAGACAGCAUCACACCGACCUGGCCAGUGGACUCGAUCAGAUAUACAGUGAAGAGUUUAAGACGCUGCAGAACUCUACAGGCUCUAAGGUGAACUUGUGGAUCGGCCUGUUCAGAGACAGCUGGAGGUGGUCAGAUGGGAGUAACUUCUCUUUCAGACACUGGGACAUGGACUCAUUUAAUGAUGGACUAAUUUCCCAGGCUGUGGUGGUGGAGGUGAAUGAGGGGAAAAUGUUUGUCCUGUUACCCUGCCAGUACUCAGGAGUUAUAUUUAAGAACCACACAGUGAUGUGGACUCGCAAUGAUCUUAAUCCCAAAACUGUCCACCUACAACGAGAAGGAGGAGAUGAUCUUAGAGAACAAAACCAGCGCUACAGCGAGCGCACAUCAAUGAGACCUGAUGCUCUGGACUCUGGAGACUUCAACCUCACUCUGAGAAAACCAACAGAGUCUCACAGUGGAGAAUACACCUGCUCCAUCAGUGAUGGACAAGAAGAACUGAUAGUGAGACACAUAUGGCUGCAAGUCAAAGGUCAUAAAUAA